GAUUGUGUCGAAAUCUCGUCCCCGAAAUCAGUGUGUGCAGAGGACACUGGCCGCUUCAUGCGCGGCGUCCAGAUUUUCAGAUAGAUUUUUUUAAAAGCGUGUGUUUCGUGUUUUUAUUUUUAUUAGAUGGUCGAUCUUUUUUUUCGGAGGUGCUGAAAUGCAGCCAGCAUCGUUUGAGCGAGUGCCUCCCCCUCCCCUUUUGCCCACAGACACCAUCGCAGGGAGAGAGAGGGAGGGAGAGAGAGCAAUAGGCAGCAUCAGUGAAAGGAGUCAGCCUUGCUUGUAGGAUAGAGAAUUUUAAAAACAGCACGGACAAAGGAAAACAUGGAUGCACAGGGGAAAUUUCCCAUCAGACAGGCACCAGAGAGGAUGCGGUGGUCGUCCUGCACAUAGUCGGAGUUAUGUACGGACUAUUCCCUCGUUUUUAAUGAGGCGGGUGGGCACGCACAGCAAGCUGAAAAGGCGGAAAGAUUUCUCCAACCCGUCUGCAAAUUCUGCCUGCGAUGGCUGUGACGGCGCGAUGCUGUUACAGUGUAAAUGAGAACGUGCCUUUUUCUUUAUAUUUGGUUAUUUUCGUACUCAGUGGCCUUACUAAUGCACAGAUAAGUUACUCCAUCCCGGAGGAGCUGGAGAACGGGGCACAGGUCGGUGACAUUGUCCUGGAUUUGGGUCUGGACCUGAGGAAACUUUCCACGCGACGAAUCAGGAUCACAUCUGACAGCGGACGGAGAUAUUUCACCAUCAAUCACAAAACCGGGAAGCUGGUGGUGAGUGACCGCAUUGACCGAGAGACAAUUUGUGAAUUCAGUGGCACCUGUUCGCGCAACCUGGAGGUGGUGUUGGAGAAUCCAUUGGAGGUGCACAACGUGGAGGUGAAGAUUUUGGACGUGAACGACAACGCGCCACAAUUCCCCCGAGAUGAAUAUCAGCUCGAGGUGUCGGAGUCCGCGCUCACUGGGUCGCGCUUCCACAUCGAGGGAGCUCAGGAUGCAGAUGAUGGAUCCAACUCUGUGAAGCAGUACCGCCUCAGCCCAAACGACCACCUAACCCUGGACUCCAUUAAGCCCUUUUCCAAUAAUAAGCACAUUGAGUUUAUUCUCAAAAAGCCCUUUGACCGCGAGCAGAUGCCCUCCCAUCAGCUCAUCCUGACAGCGAUGGAUGGAGGCACCCCACAGCGAACUGGCACGGCCAAAAUCAAUGUGCGUAUCCUUGAUGCCAAUGACAAUGUACCUGCGUUUGACAGCUCUGUGUACAAAGUAAAACUGUCUGAAAACUCUCCAAAGGGCGCACUUGUGAUCAAGUUAAACGCAACAGACCCUGACGAGGGCUCGAAUGGAGAGGUGUUUUACUCCUUCAGUAGUUACACUCCAGAAAGAGUCAGACAGAUGUUUUCCAUGGAUACAGAAACAGGGGAAAUUAGAGUGAAAAACAAUAUAGACUAUGAGGAGACAAACUCUUAUGAAAUGUACAUACAGGCCAUGGACAAGGGCCCAGCUCCUGUGGCAGUGCAUUGCAAAGUAGUUGUAGAAGUUUUGGAUGUCAAUGACAACAUUCCUGAGAUUGUACUAUCUUCGCUCUCAAGCCCUGUCCGUGAGGACGCACGGGCUGACACGGUUGUAGCAUUGAUCAGUGUGAAUGACCGUGACUCUGGACCAAAUAAACAAGUCAGCCUGGAGAUCAUGCCCAAUCUGCCUUUUAAGAUCAAGUCUUUCCGGAACCACUAUACCAUUGUCACAUCCGCUUUCCUGGACCGGGAGACCAUCUCGUCCUACAAUGUCACUGUCAAUGCUGUGGAUGGAGGCACCCCACCCUUGUCUUCUCAAAUGACGUUUAAAGUGGAUGUUGCAGAUGUGAAUGACAAUCCACCUCGUUUUGAGCAGACAUCAUAUACUGUUUAUAUUACAGAGAACAAUGCCCCCGGUGCACCUCUGUGUGUGGUCAAGGCCACAGACGCUGAUGCUGGAGAAAAUGCACGCAUCACCUAUACUGUCCUCAAUGACAACAACCAUGGUAUUCCUGUUGCCAGCUACGUCAGCAUUAAACCUGAUAAAGGUGAAGCCUAUGCCCUGCGAGCCUUCGACUUUGAGAAGCUGAGAGAGUUUCACUUUCAGGUUAAAGCCCAGGACAAUGGCGUGCCUCCCCUCAGCCGUGUGGCCACAGUGUAUGUUUACAUUAUGGAUCAGAAUGACCACAUGCCCAAGAUAGUCUACCCACCUGCCAACGGGAGCCGCACAACAGAGACGCUGAUGAAAAACGCUGAAGCAGGAGUGUUGGUUAGCAAGGUGACAGCAUGGGAUGGCGAUGCAGGGCAGAAUGCUUGGCUGCUCUACACCCUGGAGCAGAACAACAAAGACCUUGACCUAUUCAAGGUGCAUGAGUACACAGGGGAGAUCCGCACCACAAGGCGUGUCAUUGAGGACAACUCCACCUCCUUCAUUUUGACAGUUCUGGUGCAUGAUAACGGUUUGCCACCACUCUCCUCCACAGCCACCAUCCAUGUGCAUGUGAUGGAGCUGCCACCAAAGUUGGCCCCUGACCCCAAGCGCAUCAUCAGGCCCAACAGCCCCCUAAUGUUUUCCAACGUCACCCUCUACCUCAUCAUUGCCCUGAGUGCCACAACCUUUGUGUUCCUGGUCACCGUCUUUGUGCUGGCCAUUGUGCGUUGCCAUGCCUACUGCACCCAGCCUGGCUCCUGCUCCCCGUGUUGUGUGUCCAAGAAGAGUGUUCCAGAGGGGGGCCCCACAGCGGGUGGCGGUGGGGGUGCAGGAAGAGCUACAGGUGGAGGAGGAGGAGGUGGUGGUGGUGGUGGUGCAGGUGGAGGUGGAGGGCAGCCAAACAACAAUGUGGCCCUGCGCCGUGACCUCAAAGUGGAACCGCAUUAUAUUGAAGUGCGGGGAAAUGGGUCUUUGACCAAAACAUACUGUUACAAGACAUGCCUGACUGCAACGUCAGGAAGUGACACUUUUAUGUUCUACAACACGGGACGGCCACACAGUGGCACCUGGGGCUCGGGCUACGUCACCAGCCACAGCGGACAGAGCCAGUUAUUUGUACGGCGUCUCAGUAUGCCAGAUGCGACUGCCAUUCAGCCCAAAGUGCCGAGUGCAGACUGGAGAUAUUCAGCCUCGCUGAGAGCAGGAGGUGUGAUGCAGAGCUCAGUCCACAUGGAAGAGUCUUCAGUAAUGCAAGGAGCCCAAGGUGUCCUGGUUCAGAACUGGCCCACUGCAUCCAGCGCAGCUGAUGCUGAAGGGGGAGAGGUGUCCCCCCCAAUGGGUGCUGGCGUAGACAGCAACAGCUGGCACUUUCGCUAUGGACCCGGCGGCCCAGGUGCACCCCCACAACACCUGAAACCUGGUGAGGUUCCCCCAGAAGCCUUCAUCAUCCCUGGCUCCCCCGCCAUAAUAUCCAUCAGACAGAACCAGGGAGGAGAGGACGACAAGAGCGAUUUCAUUACCUUUGGAAAGAAAGAGGAGGCCAAGAAGAAAAAGAAGAAGAAGAAGGAGAAGAAAGACAAGAAGGAUAAGGGCAAGGAUGAUGGCGACGAGUAGAGAAGCAGAAAGAGAAAAUAGCAAAGAAAAAAAGGGCGUUGUUAAAACAGAGGUACCAACCAAAGUCCACUGGGCAAAAAGAAAAUGUGAAAACUAUUAUAGUUUUUCCAACUUCAUUUUAUUACCUAUUUUCACUAAUAAUAUUUCAAAGAACCUGGCCUUACCUAGAUUUAUUUUGCCUUCAGUCCCUUACUGAGGUAAAUUAUUGAUAUUGCCUUGAUAAACAAUAAAAUUAUUGAUUUUAUUCCACGCCCCUAUGUGCCUAUACACCCCAAGUCAACUCAUGUCAGUCAUCUUUUCCAAUAAGUAAGGACCACUUUUUGCCCUCGUCUUGAAUUUUUUGUCCAUAAACCCACUGGGCACGUUGGCACCUCUGUCUUACCCCCUCCCCAACUGAUGUGUAAACCAUUCUCUCUGAGAGAACACAAAUACUUUGUACAAGAACAACAAAAAGCUCUGUGCCAGCCAAGGAAAAGAAGAACAACGGAGACUGAGACAGAUGUGUACCAUCUGGAGCUGGACACACACUACUUGUAAAUAGCACAGGAGAGAGUCACUGAAACUAAGGCUUACAAGACACUGCUGCAGAUUCCUCUGGUAAUUACCAACAGUGUUUCCUGAGAUCUCAAUGAAACCACAUGCACACAUACGCAUGCUCACACAUUCAAACAUGCAAACACAAAUACACAUAUUUUCCAUGACAAAGUAGACAUGGAAAGCACUUGAGACUUAGAGAGAGCAAGAGAAAUUUUAAAAAACCGAGAGAAAAUCAACUGACAUGAAAGAAAUGUGCUUAAAACUAGACACUGCAAGCUUUUUGCCAUGCACAGCGGUGCGCAUGUCUACAUCAACUCUCUCAGGAUGGAAGUAGCAUCCUUUGCUAUCACUCUGUAUUUGCUCACUGCAUCUGAAGGACACAGAGAGCUUCAUCUCCAGCCAGAACCCCAACUGAGGAAUGCAGAGAGCACCAGAGAGAUGAAGAGAUGGGAGGAUACCUCACCAUCUCCUGAGAAUCACAGAGGGGAAAGUCCAGCUGAGCUGGCUUGUGACUCCGCUUUCAGUCAGUGGACUCUGAUGAAACCUUGCAGAAUAUGAGGAGAAUCUUGAGAUUUU